AUGGAGAAGUACCGACCCGCGGAGAUGCGAAACUCAGCUACGACCUCCAAGGCCUACUUGCGGAGGCAGCUCCUCCUCUCUGAGGUGGACAAUGUGCGGAACAGCCUCUCCACAGACAUUUGGCGCGAUGGACUCAGCCGACCGAGAUACUCGGGAGCCACAACCGAGGUCAUCCACCGCGACAUCCGCUGA